CAUAAAGAAUCCUUAUUAUAGAAACCAAUUAGAGGCAUCUUACUUGAAUUUCUAUGAUAUAGGAAUCACCACCAUUUUGCAGGAUCUAUAGACUUAGAAUUGUGAUAAGUGUUGACUGUAUAGGUUUGGUGUAUUGUGGCUUUAACAGUACCUAAAAAAGUAUAAAUCUAAUCACCUCAAAUCCCGUAUCAUUCAAAACCCGUAUUUUUUGCACUUUUAAGAUGGAAUAUCUAAAAAACCUGUAAUUUUCUGAGACUCGAGUGCAGCGCAUCCAAAAAAUUCGGAAAGAUACAUAUAUUCCGGCUCUUGGUUCGACGUUUUUUUCAAAUUUGGUCGUCCAACGUAAUAUAAAGUGUUCCAUUAUAAGACAACUGAAGAGUAGAAUCAUCAAUUUUUCGAUAUUCAACAUCAAUAUUAAAUUUAUAAAAAAGUUUCAGUUAUUGAAAAACUAAAGACGUUUGAUAUAAAUAAAAGUAAACAAUAAAACCCCUCCCUAUUUUACAAAUUUGUACUCUUUUUGAUUUAAAUAAAAUGAAAUAAAUAAAAGUAAACAAGCCACACAAACUAUGCUGCACUAAUUUCAAUCAAUAAUAGUGGUGCGGUAAGAUGCAGCGGCCGCAGGUUGUCUAAACAAAAGCGGUCCCAUCAAGAUCCCAGAUAUCAUAAUGCAUUCAUCGCCCGCGAUCAGCGGUGCCCGACCGUUGCACUAUGGGGUUUUUGACCACUUUUUGUGGCAUUUAGUCAUUUUUUAAAAGUUCUUUAAUUUAGAAAAAAAUAGUGGGAUUGUAUUAACAAAACAUCGAACUAUUAUGCCUCAUACUCAAAAUGUUAAUACUUAACAGCAUAUGUUAGCAACAGAGCUGUAAAGUCAGCUGUUGCAUCCGAAAGCACGUCUGCUAAGUUUGUAAUUUUUACGAAGUGAUCUUUGAAAUUAAACUAUUCGUGUAAGACACAAUUUGCAAAGGAAAAAACUAAUGGACACUGAUUUCACAGGUUUUAACUACAUGUUACAGUGCGUUGGUGACGACGGCGAGCGCUUUGAUUGGAACGCCCCUUGAUGCGCCACGCAUAUCAAUUAAUUACCCGCGACAGAGUGCUGCGACGACUGUUACAUUUGGCUGGACCGCGGUGGACACCGAUUCAUGCGGAAUUGGGCAACCCAUCAGUCAGGGGAUAUUACAACAGAAUACCUGCGGACCGAUUGCAAAUCGCCGCUGGGCAGCCGGACGCGCUGCAGUUGUUGGCCGAAUUUAUUCAAAUCAGUUUGAUUCCGCGUGGGGAAGCGUAUAGGUGUCGUCUCUGCUCCGAUCCUCGUCCACUUGCAAUGCGCAAAUACGUCUUAAUUGCUGCACUGGCCGUAAUGUGCUCCACGGACCGCUUCGUGCUGGCCACGCUCCACGACCUGCCCGGGGUCUUUGACUUUGACUUCUCCAAUGUGGACCUGGUCAACUUCCAGUACUUCAAGAACCUGCCUUCCCAGGAUCCGCGCACUGCUGCCACCGCCAACCCGUUUCUAGAGCACUUUCAAAAGAAGAAGGCGGUGCUGGACUACCUGGACCGCUUGUUCUUCGGCAACUCGCCGUUCCAGCAGCCCAGUGAGAUUCCCUUCGAUCCGCACUUUGGUCGUGCCUGGCGUCCGGUCUACGAGCGGAAGUUUGGUCAUCGUGGUGAGCGCCUCAUCGCAGCCCUGGGCUCUGGAUACUCCAUCCGCCAGCUGCGGCAUUUUGGAGCCAUUCCGCAGGAGUUUGGCACGGCUCACUAUCCCAGCUGAGGGGGAUUGAUGA